UUCCUCUCUGAACCCCCAGCAAUAGAAUGGUUUUGUCUAAUAUUAGUGGUCACUAGUUACCACAGCCACAAAUUCAUAAACAUUAAUACAUAUUCUUAAAAUGUGAUUUUAAACCUAACCACACUGCUAACCUUAUGCCUAAACGUAACCUUAAAUUAAGACCAAAAAGGUAAUUUUUAUUUUAAUAAAUGUUUACGAUUAUAGCCAAUUGGUAACUAGUGGAAACUCUCAGUCUUUUACAGUCAGCAGCAGCCACACGAUCUUUCACUGGUGAGUCAGUCAUGAGUCAAAUGGUCGCCAUCUAGCAGAGGACAUUUUUCACCCAGGACACGGAAAAGUACCAAGUAUUUUUUAAUGCGGAUCAUCUCGUGGAGGAUAAAUAACAUUGACUUAGCUAUUUCAGGACGACAAGACCUUAUCACGUCAUGGUAGUGUUUGGAUCUCAGGUGCUGAUUGCUGUGACUAGAUCAAGGGGAUCCUAUUUAUUAUCCAAAAGGCCCAACUGCGCCGCUCUCCCAUCCACGGCAUGCAUUCGCUACCUAUCAGAUGUCUCUAACCAGACUGCCCUACCAUCACACGGACCCAGGCCCAUUUUACACAGAUGUACGGCGAACUACCUGCGGCGCCAUGGCUGCGUUCCAGUUCGCUUUUUUCACGAGUCCUGCGCUAGGCUCCAGGAAGUAAAGGCCUCUCCAGCCGAAACUCCCCCGUCCCCAGCAGAGACUAGAGUCCCAGUCCCCACUGCCGCAGCCCCGCAGGCUGCCCCUACUCCAAACAACUCCCCAGACAGAGUGGUAGCGCCUAAGUCAAUUGGGCAGAGAGUAGUGGACGAGCUAAAGCACUACUAUCAUGGAUUUCGGUUGCUUGGGAUCGACACGAACAUCGCAGGGAGGAUGGGGUGGAGGUUACUACACGGCCAACAGCUCACGAGGAGAGAGCGCAGAAGGUUGAUGAGGACAUGUGCGGACCUGUUCCGGUUGGUCCCCUUCAGCUUGUUCAUCAUCGUGCCCUUCAUGGAGUUACUCCUGCCAGUCUUCCUCAAACUCUUCCCAGAGAUGCUGCCCUCUACUUUUGAGACAGAGUCAAAGAAGGAGGAGAAGCAGAAGAAGGGUCUGGCUGCCAAGCUGGAGCUGGCUAAGUUCCUCCAGGAGACCAUUGGUGAGAUGGCACUGAGGAACAAAGCCAAGGCGGCAGGGAGCGACGAGACCCAGAAGUUCUCUACCUACGUCCAAAAGAUGCGCCAUGCAGGAGAGCAGCCCAGCACCAAGGACAUCGUCAAGUUCUCCAAGCUGUUUGAGGACGAGUUGACCCUAGAGCACCUGGAGCGCCCCCAGCUGGUGGCUCUGUGUAAGCUGCUGGAGCUGCAACCCAUAGGAACCAACAACCUGCUGCGCUUCCAGCUCAAGAUGCAGCUCCGCACCAUCAAAGCCGAUGACCAGAUGAUUGCCACAGAAGGCGUGGCAGCCAUGAGUGUGUCAGAGCUGCAGGUGGCGUGUCGUAGCCGGGGAAUGAGGUCGCUGGGGCUGACGACCGAGCAACUCACGCAGCAACUGCAACAGUGGUUGGAUCUUCACCUGAAGGAGAAUGUUCCUCCAUCUCUCCUGCUGCUGUCCCGUGCUAUGUACCAUACCGACCUCACGCCCAAGCCUCCUGUCAUCCCCCCCAUCGUCAAACUGGAAGUGGAGCAGCAAGUCGCCGCCCCCUCUCCUGCAGAGAUCGAAGCCCCUGUCAAAGACAAGCCCAUGUCUGCGUCACUAGAAGAGCUGGUGGACUCUGCCCCCAUUAUAAUGGACAGAAAGGUACAGGUGGAGAGCGUUUUGGAUAAAGCCGGGAUUGUGGAAUUGGAGAUGCCGUCACCAGAAGCUCAGUUAAUACAUGCAAAAGGUGCUGAGUUGGCUGCCAAGAUGGCUGCCAAGGGGAUGUGAAGGCCUCCCCACACUACUGGGUCCAACACUCACCAGCUGCGUAGACUGCUGAAGGAAGCUACAAUCCCAAGCCCCAUUCCCUCUUUCACUCCUGGUUUAGGGAAGCCAUCGUGGCACCCUUUUUAGUCAAGUAAACAGAGGAAAGGAUGAGAUGUAGCUAGACAGUUGGAGGCGGUCGUGGCUUACUAUCUAUCAUCCAAGAGGACUAGUCUGAUCCCAAGAAACGACAACGGAGAAUAAGUGAGAGGGUCACUUUAAAUGUAUUGCUUCCUUCAUCAUCUGAACUGCUAAUUUGCUUCACUCCAUCAGGUGGGAUAUUGCUAAACUGUUGUAAGAUCUGUAUCAAAUAUCAGUCUUUUUUUGCUCUGGAACAGAACAUCAUGUUCUGUGAUUUGAACUACGGUAAACGUGUCACUGUAACAGUAGCACAUUUUUGGUAUAAUAUCAUGUUUAAUAGAAUCAUCAGUCUCAUCAUUUAUGCUAGCAAAACUGUAUCCUGUACAUUUGUAAAUACGUUGAAUGUAUGAUAUUGUAUACUUGCCCCUGCUUUGUGUAGUCCACUGGGCCAUACUCUAAGCUUAGUCUAAGGGGCGUCAAUCCUACUACAGAUUUAUUAAGACAAAAUUAUGGGACGUUCCUGUUAUUAGUUGGUGAACACAUUGUUAAAGGUAAGCUUGAGGUCAUUAGAAUUUCCCUCAUACAGGGGAAUGUAAUGUUCACUCCUCUGGGAUAUUUUUGUUAGCCUGCUAGCUGCUACUACGUUUCCAGGUUACUACGUACGCCAGGUCUGCGUAUUGGCUGAACCUGCAGUCUGAAUCAAAAUGUGUUUUAUAUUUUGGGUUUGCUUUAUUUAAAGGGGUAACAUGGUAUGCUGUGUACCCAUGUAGAUGCAUACCUUAAAAAAUCAUGGUGCCCAUAAUAUAAAAAAAGAACUUCCUUUUUUUUUAUACAUAUACAAAUCUGAACAAGUGUACUUUCAUUUUUUUAUAUGUAAAAUAUUAAUAAGUUACUAUAAAAACAACCCAUUUAUUUGAUUAACCUUUACGCAAUUCGAUUCCAAGCUUGUAAAUUGCCUAAAACAUGUGGGACUCAAGUUUAGUUGAUACAUUUUAAUUUGGGGAGAACCACUUGUCCAAUUGCUCUUUAGGUGGAGAUGUGUAUAAUUUAUUUGAAAUUGGUCAGAAGUAAAAAAAAAUAUUUCACAUACCUGUUAUUACAAUUAUUUUCCCUAUGGAAAAUAAUCAACGCCCUUCUAAUUCGAAGGCCACCAACUCAAGUUACAAGUCAUCUAUGCUAGUUAGUUUUAACUAAUUUGAAUUGGACAUUUUUCAAUGUCUUUCCCCAAGGGCUCAAAAACAGACCUUUGUCAAACAGUUUAUAUAUUCUUGCUUUCUUUUUGGUGUUUAGUUUUUGUCAUUUUCAGCCUAUAAGGCAAUAGGUGCUCGUUCCAUUUAACUCAAUACCUCGGGAACUCAACUGUAGACUUCCAGAAAGUUUUAACUUGUGAUCUUCCACCUCAAGUGAAUUACAGUGAAAUGGAGCAAUCUUCAGUUUUCGGAUCAAUAAGAAUCCUACAUGCCUCCAGAAAAAUGGAAGACGUUUAAUUUCAAUUUUAAAGGUGCCAUUUCAGUCAACAAACCUAUGUCCUACUUUAUUGUGUCUUAAAGGAAGCAUCUUGACGCUGUUACUCAACUGAUCCAGUUAGCAAUCUCAGACAUAACAUAAUGACCACAUCUUCUUAACUAGAUUUGCACUGAAUUGCCUUUGUAAAUUGUGGAUCUUUGGCUGGAGAACACCUUUCUUGCAAUUUCUUAGAUGGUGGUUUUAGAACUAAUAUCGGGGGUGUAGAAUGUCUAGAGACUACGUAGCAGAAUUCCUAUUUUUUGUAAUUGACAUACAGUACCAGUCAAAAGUUUGGACACACCUACUCAUUCAAGGGUUUUUCUUUAUUUUGACUAUUUUUU